AUGGAUGAAGAUCCCGUAGAGUACGAGGAGCGGGUGGACCGCUUCUCCAUGUUCUUGCAAAAAUCCAUGGUUGCCGAAGUGUCACAGGUGGGUGAUGAACGACCACUGACACAGGGGAAAUUCUCACCUGAUGCUUCGCUUUUCUGCACUUCUUCGUGGUCCGGCUUCAUCAAGCUCUGGAAGACGCCUUCGUGCGAUCCCGUCCUUACCAUCCGCGUUGGCGAAGACAGGUGCAACAGCGUGGCAUGGCACCCAAGUUGCAAAGGCACGCCUCCAUUCGAUUGCAACACGGUCCGCCUUGCUUCAGCUUCAGCAGACUCCAGGAUCAGCCUUUGGUCCUUGUCCGACAGCCAGCCGGUCAACGUGCUCGAGGGCCACGAGGACCGAGUCAACAGAGUGGUGUUUCACCCGAUGGGCGAGCAUGUGAUUUCCACAUCGCAUGAUAUGAGCUGGCGCUUGUGGGAUGUCGAGACUACCACGGAGCUGCUGCUGCAGGAAGGUCACUCACGACCCGUCUAUGGCUGCUCUGUGCACCCCGAUGGCUCUCUUGUGGCGACCAGCGACUUAGGCGGUGUUGUACGGGUUUGGGACCUGCGAAGUGGCAAGACCGUUAUGCCUCUUGCAGCACAUGGCAAGCAGGUGCUUGCGGUCGACUUCCAUCCGCGUGGCACCAUCCUUGCAACAGCCAGCGACGAUCACAGCAUGCGUGUCUGGGAUCUGCGGAAGAGGAGGUGCACUCACAACCUGCUGCUCCACAACAAACUCAUCUCAGAGGUGAGCUUUGAGAAGGGAGAAGGGCGCCUGGUCCUGACCUCCAGCUACGACGGCACGGUGAAGAUCUGCUCCACCACAGACUGGAAAGUCGUGAAGGUACUCAUUGGUCACGAGGGCCGGGUUAUGGGUGCCGACCAUAUCCCUGCAGCAGUAGGUGGCCACCACUACAUCGGCUCCGUGGCUUUCGACCGGACCCUGAAAUUUUGGUCCACGCAGGUGCUUCUUGACAGCGACACCGACACCACCCUCAGGGAAUGCCCAGCCGCGACAUGCGCAAAGCAGGGCCCGGGCCCCUCCGCUGCAUCUGCCACCGAGCCGGUCGACCUGCAAAUCCACAAUGCGCCGAUGCUGCCCCUGGAAGGUGAUUUUGCAGCUGGUUCCCUUUUCGCUGGUUCAGAAGUUCUCUCUCUGGAGGGCGCUGACCGGGACGUCAAUGUUGCAAUGUUCAACAAGAAGCGCACGAAACGAGACCGAAGUGAGGGUUGGACGCUGCGGAAGAAGUUUCGCAGUUGCUCCCUCCUGGCUCGCGCUGCCACCGCGAAGGGCCGGAAGAUUCUGAAGAAGCGCAUGUGGCGUGGCAAGAAAGUGCUGGCACCGGGCGACUACUGCAACUACAAGAUGCAGAGAGUGAAGAGCUUGCGCUGA